AGCCAGCUCAAGGGCUCCAACGCACCUCUCGCCACCGGUUCCCGCGCGAACCUUGCCAUGGUGAGUGGAGGAAGGCUCCUCCUCCUUUACUUGCUAGUGCCUGCCGACACCAGCCGAUCGGUGGGUCACUCCUGUGAGGGCGACUCAUGUGAGCCCUCUGCCAUGAUGCAGCUCUUCAGCAAUGCCAUGUACUCGGCGGAUGAGUCCUGCAAUGCCACCGGUGCGAAUCCCUUCAGAGUGGGACAGGGCAACGGCAUGAAUUGCAAUGGAUAUACCUUGAAUGGCCAAUGCUCAUGUCUCAACACCGAGGACAAUCAGGUGGACUACGCUGGAUGUUGGUUCGGGGACGCCAAUGGUUCCUCGACUUGCCCCUACGCCGAGGGAGUGCAAGCGACCACGUGCCGCUUCGAGGGAGUGCAGUUUGAGUCUCAGGACCGGAACCAGAUUUGCUUCGUGACGCCUCCGAACACGAAGAUCCUGGGGGCCUGUGUGAAGAGCGGAACGCCGGAGGAUGAAGGCUGUAUCGGAGGGACCUUUUGUUACACCCAGAGCUGCCGGACCUCUACAGAUGGCUUGCAGCAGUGCAGCGACACAGAUACCUGUCGACAGGAUGUGACGAUCUUUUGCAUCUCGCGUCCCACCGGUGGCUGUGGCAUCGACAACUACAACCUGCGGAUGGAGUGUUGCACGGCCCCGGAGCCAGAGCCCACCACCACGACGACUUCGGGUGGCGGACAUGGCGAUCCUCACAUUGAGACCUUGAGAGGAGCACAUUACACGAUGGCGAACGAUGGAACCUUCUUGGCCUUCAACUUCAGCAAGAAGACGAAAUUCCGCUCAGCGCACGGCCUGCAGAAAGCCCCAAUCACAUGGCAGCUCUUUGCACGAUAUGCUGGCAAGAAUUUCCUGACACAUGCGCUUCUGCUGCGAGACCACUCGAACCAUACGAGCCGUCAAGCCUUGGAGUUGACCACUGAGACCUGCGAUUGGCACCAGCAGCCGGGCGCCAAACACCGCUGGGAGGCGACGCAGUCCGAGGGAAGUCUCUUCGUGCCUGGAAGCGAGGCGUUCCUCAGCGGCUUCAAGAUCACGGAGCUCAAGAAGCCAGCUGGGAGCCGACCCAAGUUCUUCUCAAGAAUCAAUUUGCUGAUGAACACGGAGGAAGGCGCCAAGAAAGUGGCUGAGCUUCAGGUGACCUGUCGGCUCAAGAGGCAUUUGGACUACAAGAUCAUCAUGUUCCGCGAUGCAGACUUUGCGGGAGGAGAACUGGGGCAGAUUGAGAAGGAAGAGAAGGAACCCGAAAAGGAGAAGAAGCUUUUGCUCCUGUCCCGCUCGAACUUGUGGCUGAAGAUGAGGACCGAUGCGGAGUUCCAGUCGUUGGACGAUUGGCGUUUGCUGGGUGGCAGUCGAGAGGCCUCCGAGUAUUUGGACGCCGUGGAACAGGCCGCCAAGGAUCAACCCGAGAAGGGUUGUAUGGAAGACGGGGAACAAGAUGCCUUGAAGCUUUGUCGCAAGCACUUGCCAGAGACCUCAGAGGUCUUUGCGGAUUGCGUCUUCGAUGUGUGCCAUGGCGGCGGAGAGGAAGCGGCUGAAGAUGCUGCGGAGUACGUCGGCUCGGCGAGUUGAACGAGUUGAUGAGAAGCACCGCAGAGAACAAGCAGGGGCCAAAAAGAGACAUCACCCCGGUAAGCGGGGAGAGCAAGUUUGUGGCUUGGAGAUUGCUGUAAACACUAGCUAGUGGUUAAGCAUGCAAGAGAUGAGGUGAUCACACGGGGAGUAUCUAGGGAGCCCUUGAUUCCUACUCUUUAUGGGAGUAUCAUGGAGCAUCAGUUUUGGCCCAGGGUUGGCCAGGCGGACUUCAGCUGAAAACCUCAUCCUGAUUUUCUCCAAGUAUAUAGUUGACAUGAGUGUAUGUGUCCAACUCAGCGGUUGAUAAUGUUUUCCCCAAGGAGGCGCGCUGCCUUCCAUUUUGAGGAAGUCUUCCCUGGCCUGGGUGCCACGUCUUGCGCGCCGCGUUGCAAGACGAGUCUGGAUGCCAACAGAGUAUCAGAUUUCAUGGCCCAAAAGUGGCGCAUGACAGGAGCACCCUGUCGGGAAAAA